AUGAGACGCCUAGGAGAAGGAGUAGAAGACUACGGGAAGUAUAUCUUACAUUAUAAAGGUGAAACACCGGGACUGUACGGAGUCGGCUUCUUAAUCAAACAGGAACUAAUGAGGAAUGUAGUGGAAAUUAAGGGUAUUUCAGAAAAAAUUGCGGUCUUAAAUAUAAAAUUACCUUUACACCAUGAAAAAGAUACAAAUUGGUCUAUUAUCCAGGUAUACUCCCCAACUGAACCGAAAAAUAAACAAGGAAUAGCAAAGAUUGAAUUAUUUUACAAGGAUUUACAAACCACAAUACAGAACUCAUGCAAAAAUAUCAUAAUAAUGGGGGAUUUCAAUGGACAAGUUGGAGUUUGUAAUCCGGGAGAAGACUAUACGAUAGGAAAGUACGGAUAUGGGAAAAGAAGCAAGAAUGGCGAAAGACUAGUCACACUGGCAUUAGAGAAUAAAUUAAAAAUUCUAAACACCUUUUAUAAUAAAAAAAUAUCAAGGAAAUGGACCUGGAUCUCCCCAAAUGGAUCAUAUAAAAAUGAAGUAGAUUACAUUCUAUCCAACAAUUUUCGAGUAUUCAAAAACAUAUCAAUAAUAAACCAAUUAAAUUUUAAUUCUGAUCAUAGAAUGGUUCGAGCGACGAUAAGAGGGACACGUAUUAAGAGAAAUAGAAGGUUACAGAACAAAGUGAACAGUCUUAUCUGCCUGGGGAAUAACGACAAGCUAUUAAGUUGCCUUAAAACACGUGUAAAUAGCAUUGAGCAAUGCAUAUCAAUACAAGACAAAUACGAUAGCUUGCUAAACAUAUUGAAAUCAGAAACGACCAAAAUAAAUAAUGAAGCCAAAAAGAAACUACUCUCAAGUAAAUCCAAACAACUGCUAGAACAACGAAAAGAAUUAAUAAAGAAAGGAAAGGAGGGUAAGAAGAACAGACAGAAAAUAGCAAGCUUAAGCAAGGAAAUUAAUGAAAGCAUUAGAAGAGAUCAUAAAACUAGGAGGCAAAAUACACUAAAAAAACAUAUAGAACGAAGUGGAGGGACUAAAAAAGCUUUCAAGGAAUUGAAUUAUAAAAAAGACUGGAUGCUACAUCUAAAGAACAAGGACAAGGAUUACACUAGCAAGAGACAAGAAAUACUAAGAAUUGCCACAGAAUUUUAUAGAGAACUGUACACGGAGAAGCAGCCGGAAGACAAAGAGAAACUUGACACUUGGCUUAACCCAGCACCGGUGCCUUUCAUUUUAACGGAAGAAACAAUAAAGGCUAUAAACUCACAAAAAACGGAUAAAGCUCCAGGGUCGGAUCAGAUAACUAAUGAACUACUUAAAACUACAGCAUCUGUCAUAGCUCCGAUACUAACAAAUCUGUUUAAUGAAAUUUUAAGAACUGAGAAUAUACCUCCUGAUUGGAUGAAAUCAACUAUAAUAUUACUUCACAAGAAGGGGGAUAAAGGGGACAUAAAUAACUACAGACCGAUAAGCUUAAUGUCCAAUAUUUACAAAGUGUUUUCCAAGAUAAUUCUGUCUCGUAUUGCAAAUGUAUUGGAUGAAAACCAACCAAAAGAGCAAGCAGGGUUUCGUAGUAAUUGUUCUACAAUUGAGCAUAUCCAUGUUCUUAGACAGGUCCUGCAAAAAUAUCGAGAAUACAAGAAAACGUAUUACAUAGGGUUUGUGGACUUUCACAAGGCAUUUGAUUCCCUGGAACAUAAAUACAUAUGGAAAGCCCUGAAAUGCCAAGGGGUUCAAAUGAAAUACAUCAGAAUCCUGAACAUUAUUUACUCAGGAAGCACAGCCCAGGUGAAGCUCGAAACAACAGGAGAACCAUUCCCAGUCCAAAGAGGAGUUCGUCAAGGAGAUCCGGUUUCACCAAAAUUGUUUACGGCGGUUCUAGAGAUGAUUUUCAGAAAUCUUGAAUGGGAAGAUAUAGGUCUUAACAUCAAUGGCCAAAAAUUAAACCACUUGCGCUUUGCUGAUGACCUAAUACUAUUUUCUGAAGAUUCACGGCGAUUAGAACGAAUGCUGCAGCAGUUGGCUGAGGAAAGUGCUACAGCGGGGCUGUCAAUGAAUAUAAGCAAAACAAAAAUAAUGACUAACGCUCAGCAAUCAGAUUUAGAUGCUAUAAUGGUUAACGAGAAAGAAAUAGAGUAUGUUAAUGAAUACAUAUAUUUAGGACAAUUGAUAUCACCCCUUGACAACAUGCCUAAAGAAAUAGAUAGAAGAAUAACAAUGACAUGGAAAAGAUUUUGGAGCCUUAGUGAAAUAAUGAAAAAUGAGGAAAUGUCCAUAAAAAUUAAAAGAACUGUAUAUAACACUUGCAUACUCCCGUGCUUAACUUAUGGAUGUCAAACAUGGGCUUUAACAGAUCAGCUAUCAAAUAAAAUAAAAGUGUGCCAGAACAGCAUCGAACGAAGUGUAAUAGGAUUAAGAAGAAGGGACAGAGUGAAAUUGGAAACAAUUAAAACAGAAACUAAAUUCAAAAAUGCGCAUAUCGUUAGUAGAAGGUUAAAAUGGCGUUGGGCAGGACAUAUGUUACGGGAUACGAAAGAAAAGUGGACAAAAAUAAUAACAGAGUGGUGUCCUAUGGGCGACAAAAGAAAUAAAGGGAGACCGUGUAAACGUUGGGAAGACGACUUCAGACAAAUGGCGGGCGCUAAGUGGACCCGAAUAGCUAGGGAUCGAACCGCAUGGAAGUCCUUGGAGGAGGCCUUUGUCGAGAGACAAGCUGCUACACACAAAGAGAUUACCGAUAUACUAUAA